AGAACUCCAAGAAAGACGUUCGGGCAAAGUCUUCGGAGUCCACACUUCUCAAGUUAUGGAUGCGCAGUGGCCCGACGAGGAUGGACCAUUUCCAUCGUCCGUGUGCUGCUGACAACAGCAACGGUGAUUUAGUCUCGUGAGAUCGCGACUCCCAUUCUAUGCACAUUCUUUUCCUCGUGCACAACAACAGGAAGAGAAAGAUCCUUGCCCAGACGCAUUACCUCUCUCUUUACUCCAUCUUGUAUCUUCUUGGCCCAGGAUGGGCUUUGCUUUGAACAUCUUGAUGCUUUUUGCCGCCGGUCCUUUCGAUUCUUUGCGUUGCUACUUCCGCGUGGGAAGGACGAACCGAGUCAGACGAGGGUGGAAGUCAGUCAUCUUCGCUGUGGUCUGAAGGAAGCAUGGGCCGUCGUGGUGUUGAGUCGGUUUCUGAAUCUUUGGCCUAUCUGUGCUCGCUGGUCCGCCCUUUGGGCCUCCAUGAUCUUUGCCCUCAAAGUUUUUUGCUAGCUGCCGCCAAUCAUCCUUCCGCGUCCGCGUCGAUCUGGUCUUCUCUGCACCAGCUCAUUUGUUUGCAGUUGGCUUUUCCCUCGUCUUCUAUCUCAUCUUCCUCCUCCUCCUCCACACUUGAACCGGUUGAGAACGUUCUUGCAUCGAGAGGAGGAGAUGACAUAUUACCGGAAGAUGUUGUAACUUUCGUGAAGUUUUACCUCUCUGUGUGGGGCUAUUCUCACAGUUCUCCUAUAUUUUACUUGUCUUACGAGACCGAGGAAAGCCAGAGCCUAUUGCUGGCACUUGCAUGGCUGAUAUCGAGAUGUGACAUCUUCAAAAGAGCUCUGCAGCACAGACUCGGGAAGCGAUCGCCACCUCCAUUUCCGGCAACUGCACCAGAUGUGUCGAAGACGUCCACGGCUGCGGAAAGGGGAAGACAAGCCAGAGCGAGGAGUCAAAAUUAUGUCGAUAAAUUAGUAGCUGCUUCAGAUAAGCUGGUAGAAGUCGGGCUCAGAGCCAGAGCUCGUUCUCAACAAUGUCUCCUGCUAUUUGGUCGGGUUCGAAUGUCCAUGAUGACAAUCCAUGCAUUGGUCUCGACGAAAGCGACGAGGAUGCACAAACUUAACCAAAUACAGCUCGAUCUUAAUAUCAAGAAUCAGAAUGGCCUUUCUCACAGUCAGUUUGACUUACUCCUUUUGGAAGAUAAGGAGGCGCUAGAAUCGCAUUUUCGAGCUCUUGAAGCUAUGAGACACGUGGGUCAACAGAUGGAGCAGUGCGAGAAACACGAAAUUAUAUUUUGGCAAUGGAUGGUAGCAGUUCUUCUACAUCGUGAUGAUGUGAAACGAUUACCAAGUGUUGGUCUACCGUCUUCGAAGCUGACAGCGGUCUCUGAAUUUUGCAGCGUUUGCAUUCCAUCAGUCUUGAAAGUUUUAAGACAGCAAUUAGCCAACGAGGAGGAAACCGUAAAAUGUCCCAGCUAUACCACGUCCGCUGAAGCACUGGCUGAAGACCACAUAACGGGUGUGAAGGAUUUGUCAUCUGUGGAAGAAGACAACGAAAGAGUUAGUAACUUAAUAGAUUACGUGCAUUCGCAUAGCCAGGAACUGAUGUUCGUUCGUGAAACUGCCCUGACUGGCAACCAGUGCCCACGUCCAGUUUCUGAUGCAGAAUCCAUUGUCGAAAGAUUCAAAUAUAUUGCGACAGCUUUGUUACAAGCAUUGGCCCAGAUACGAAUACAAAACAGGAUAUGCAUUGAAGAUGCCAUGAGCCCGUACGCAACUGAAGGUUACAUCUUACAAAACUUUUAGCAAAGGGGCUGAAGUCUGAAUACUGCAAAUAUAUGAAUUCAGAUUUGCACAUGAGAUUUAUAAAAGCAAUUGAUGAAUAAAUGAACCAAUUACAUUUUUCCCAUGUAAUUCCCUCGUGGCAUUGGUAAGAUGGAG